UACUUUUGAAACAACAGUGUGCAAUCUGGUGCCCUUUGAUUUGUGUACAAGUAUUCAAAAUGACGAUGCUGUUCUGGCCUUGUUCAGCAGGUCCACACAUGACGGCAGAGGCAACAGGCUGACACUGUGAAGAAAGAAGAGAAGAUAUUUCUCCUGCAGACACGCAAUCAUCUGCAUCAUCUCCACCACAAGGAUGCUGGCUGUGUCUUUACUUGUUUGUGCCACAAUGGCUCUGACUAGAGCUAAUGGUGACGAAAACUUGUCUGCCAACAUAUCUUGUCCCACUAACUGGACUCAGCAUGAUGAUCGCUGUUUCCACUUUGUUGACACUACAUGGACUUGGGCUCGGGCUCAGAAACACUGUCAGUCCAAGGGUGGAAACCUUGCAUCAGUGCACAGUGUUGCAGACAUUUUGGAGAUACAGUGGAUUAUACAUAACAACACUAAGAAGACUCAAGUAUGGAUUGGAGGCACAGACUGCCAAGAGGAAAAUGCUUGGUUAUGGGCUGAUGGUACACAUUUCAAGUUCACUUACUGGUGUCCAGGAAAACCGGACAAUCCCCUAAAACAUUGCUGUCUACAGAUUUCUUCCAGAGAUGGCACAUGUUGGGAAGACUCAUUGUGUUACCAGCUCCUGCCAUCAAUCUGUGCCAAAACCCUCCAGUGACACCUGAACUGACACAGAGGCAUGCACUACCAUCAAACAAACACUUGGUGGAUGUGCGAUUGUGUGUAUUUUUGUGUACUCAUCUGUGUUUGUGUCAACAGUCUCAUGAAGUCUCUAUAAUACUAUAGAGAAACAAGUGCUAUAGAGAAACAAGUGGCUUUAAUAAGAGGAGAUUGAAUGAUCAUUAAUGAUUACACCUUAUUCUGGUGAGUGGAUAUAUUAAAUUCAAAGGCUGAAUCAUUGAAA